AGAAGAGAACGAUGUUUAACUCGGUCAACCUGGGCAACUUCUGCUCGCCGUCGCGCAAGGAGAGGGGCGCCGAUUUCGGCGAGCGAGGGAGCUGCGCCUCCAACCUCUAUCUGCCCAGUUGCACUUACUACGUGCCCGAGUUCUCCACGGUCUCCUCCUUCCUGCCCCAGGCCCCCUCUCGUCAGAUCUCCUAUCCCUACCCGGCCCAAGUGCCCCCGGUCCGAGAGGUCUCCUACGGCCUGGAGCCCUCCGGCAAGUGGCACCCCCGGAACAGCUACUCCUCCUGCUAUGCGGCGGCCGACGAGCUCAUGCACCGGGAGUGCCUGCCUCCUUCCACCGUCACCGAGAUCCUCAUGAAAAACGAAGGCUCCUACGGCGGCCACCACCACCCCAGCGCCCCGCACGCCGCCCCCGCCGGCUUCUACUCCUCAGUCAACAAGAACAGCGUCCUGCCCCAAGCCUUUGACCGCUUCUUCGACAACGCCUACUGCGGCGGCGGCGACCCGCCCGCCGAGCCCCCCUGCCCGGGCAAGGGUGAGGCCAAAGGGGAGCCUGAGGCGCCCCCGGCCUCGGGACUGGCGUCCCGGGCUGAGGCGGGGGCCGAGGCCGAGGCCGAGGAGGAGAACACGAAUCCCAGCUCGUCCGGUUCAGCCCACUCGGCGGCCAAGGAGCCGGCCAAGGGAGCCGCCCCCAACGCCCCCCGCACCCGCAAGAAGCGCUGCCCUUAUUCGAAAUUCCAGAUCCGGGAACUGGAGCGAGAGUUUUUCUUCAACGUGUAUAUCAACAAAGAGAAGCGGCUGCAGCUGUCUCGGAUGCUGAACCUGACGGACCGACAAGUGAAAAUUUGGUUUCAGAACAGAAGGAUGAAAGAAAAAAAACUAAGCAGAGACCGGCUGCAGUAUUUCUCGGGAAAUCCUCUGCUGUAACCGCAGACUGGGCCCUUUUGAGGGGAGGGGGGAAAGGGGGAAAUUAUUUUAUUUUAUUUUUAUUUUUUAUUUUCUAACUCGCCUAUUUUCCGCGGGUGGAAAACUGGACUGUGGCCAGGGCUGGCCCCCACUGCCGUUUCCCGCACGUCUUUCUGGACAACCUCCUUCACCUUGGUCUGACUCCAUGUGGGACAGGGACAGGGCGUGGAAUGGGGGGUGAAGGAAAGUGUCUGACCCACGGCGAGUGGACACCGUUGGCGCCGAGGCCAAGACUCUUUAUUUAAAAGAAAACACACCUCGCGACCAUGUCUUGCUGCUCGGAUUGGGUGGGGGAGGGGCGAGAGUCGUGGGCGCCUGAACUGAACAAUCCUUGAACUAAAAGCCUUCCCUUGCCCAAGUGACAAGAUCUGCUAGGACACCGGGUCUGCGAGGGGAGACUUCCCCGGCUUCCCAUCCCUACCCCACCUGGCUCCAUUGGUAGGGGGCAGCUAAAUGUGACCCCGCUUUGCUGUGAAAUUUCUGUUCCUUUGACCUGGUGUUAGGUGUGCAAACUCGUGUCCUACCUCCGUCUGCGCCCAGGCCCCGCCCAAGCCUAGCUGUUCUCCCCUUGAAGGUGUAGAACCCUCUUUCGAAAUUUCUUAAUUGGUGCAUUGAGGUUUCCUAAUCUUCUUCCUAGCCGCGCCCCACUCCAUGAAUUUAUAGCUAUAGUCUAUGCAUCUGUCACCUUUUUUUGUUGAUGUUAAGGAAAAAAUUAAAAAGAUUAGGGUGGAAGAGGCAAUAGGGAGAUGGGAUUGGGCGCCUCCCCUAUGCUGGGGCCUGAAUUUUUUGUAAAUAAAUUUCACAAGCAUUUCUUUCUACCCUGAGGGGGUGUGGGGAGGACUGGCCUGGAAUGAGACUGGAAUCACCCAUCUCCAUGUGCGUGAGUGUGUGUACGUGUGCAAUCCCCAUCCAGCUCGCUCCCUGUCCCAGAGGGAUUGCUGUGACUUUUUUUU